UUAUUAUUGGUGUUAUAAUCCGCAGCCACGCGCGACCUGCGACAACCAAAAAGCUUUGUCCAGGAGACUUCGAAACCAAAACCUCCACGUUACAGUUUUGCAAGGAAGCGAUCUCGAACAGCUGCAUCGAGCUUUCGUUCAUGGGCCCAAUUCUGUUCUCCAAACAACAGCUUAUCAAUGGCACAGUGUUUGGCAAAGCCAAAAAAGUUGAGGCUUCAGGUGCAGUACGACACAUACCGGUAUACGUGGCUAGCUCUCAGCAAGGAAAAGGUGUCACCUGAUGAAACACACCGCUGGUGCCCACUUCGUAGAAGGAAUGUGAAAGUUCGAGUACUGUACAUUUCAAGCACAAAUCAUCUUUGGUCUGCAGGUCAGGAUGCCCUCCACAAGGUCACUCGUCCAGGGUUACGCAUCCUUCAUGGUUGUCAGUGCUGCUUUCAGCUUGCCGGGGGACGGUACGACUCCUCGAUGUGAGCUCGUCUACGGCAAACACUGCAAUCCUGCAGAAACUGUUCUUUUGGGGUACAACGCACUGUGGAAGCUUCAUGUCGGUGUUAUACUUGUUGUGCUAGUUGCACGGUCCAGCAAAAUCACAAUCGUUCUCAAACAGUUCGUCACGUACUCCGUUCUGCUAGAGCUCACGGGAGUUUUUCUGCUGGGAACCCACGUUCUGAAUGGCGCCAUGGACAACAUGGUCCACAUGGUAACAUGCAUUGCCCAUUUUGGAUUCCUUGUGGCCCUUCUCCUCGCAGAAGACGAAGACUCUUUGGCCGCCACAUCUCUGGAUCUCAAUGGGAUUGGUUGGAAUGCCAAGGGCUAUCUGCUUGCCGUCGCAGCAUACUUUGUACUGUGGCUCUUUGUCAACACUCAACAGCCGUGUACCGAUGUCAUUUUGGAUCAGACUGAUUUUUCUCUUCUCGCUCAAUUCCACUGGAAUUGGUGGUCAGUGGGUGCCCUCGAGACUGUACUUUUCCUUUGGUAUACAGCAGCCUACGAAUCGGAACUUCAGCAAAUCAACGUUGCGCUGGCACUAGCAGCCCUGCAGCCGGUGGCUCUUGCGAUGGUGUACAUGCUCAAACCAAUAACCACGACAUCUAUCUUUUUCAUGACGACAACUUCAUUCAGUCUCAUCCUAAUCUUUGGGAUUCUUUCCGCCUUGCAACCCCUGCAAGUAGCGGGCUCAAGCGUAAAUGAGAAGAUUGAGUAGCAAGCUCAACGAAAGAUGUCGUCUGUUCUUUUCAAGCCUAACUAAGUAAUCGGUUGACAGUCGAUAGAAAUGCAUGUGUUACUUGUUUAUUGAAACAUACGUCUGAC